AUGUCCCGAACAAAUCAAGUAAGACCUGCUCCGACAAUUGUUACAGAUUUGUACGCAUCCGAUUCAUUCCAAACAUCCGCUACUAUUGACAAUGAAACUGCUAACGCAUAUCUAACACUUUUAAGAAAACAUGUAAGCAGAAAAUUCUGCUAUCAUUCAGAUGCCGCUGUCGAAGCAAAAAUAAUCAAAGUAGAUACACGUGUAGGAUUUCAAGUUGACAUAUGGACAUUGAUGGAAAAACGAUGGAUAAAAACAAUUAGUAGUCCGUACAAUGGUGAAAAUACACCAAGUCAAAAUGUUCAAGAUAUAUUUGAUGAGGAAAAUUAUAACUUAAAAGCGGAUACAACUGUUGUAAAAGGAAGGCAAAUUGGACAUAUCGCAUUGCCUGAAACACAAAGGAAAACUAUUUGUAUUGCAUGCAAUGGUCAAGGAAAAAAAACUUGUUCAAGUUGUGAUGGUAGUGGACAAGUUAAGUUAAAACCUUGUUCAAAAUGCAGCAGUAGCGGUUAUUUAUCUUGUUCAAAAUGUUUGACUAGCGGCAAUAUUCUCCAACGAACUGAAAUGCAUUGCAAACGAUAUACUUUACAUUCAGUGACUUAUCCAAAAAAUACAUUUUUACCAGAUAAAUGUAUUAAAAAUAGUAAUGGAAAAAAUCUAUUUUUCGAAGAUGAUGUGCUGUAUGAAAAUGAAUCGUUUUGGUUGAACUUUGAUUCUCUUGAAUCUCUAAUUAUAGAAGAGAGUCCUCAUGAUUUUCGUAAGAUUAUCGAAAAACAAUUCAAAGAUAAUCAUUUAAACAAGAUGGAGAAGUCAACACGAAUACGGCGAGUAAAAUGCACAAUUCAACGCGUUGAUGUAGUCGAUAUAGAUUAUCAUGCAGGAGAUUAUACAAAUAAAACAAAUACACAAAAAGGUCCAACGACAUUUACUUUUUUACUUUAUGGGCGCGGUCUUAAAAGCAAUCCUGAAAUUUAUGAAAACGAUUAUCCAUUAAAUACAUGCGGAUGUCUUGGGCAUACAUGUGCAUGUCGAUCAAGAUGUUGCUCGAUUUCCUAA